CUUGACUUUCAUUUCUAAAAUAUGUACAAAAUAAAAGAAUAAAUCAAUAAUUUUAUAAAUUAAUAAACAAAGUAAUAAAGUAAAAAUUAAAUUUCAAGAAACAAAAAUUGACAAUAUUAGAUCACUCAAAAUAAAAGUUACAAGAAAAUCACAAAAGUAUUUAUGCAAUUUACUAUAUGAAUGUAUAUGAUUCCCGAUCGCAAUAAAUUUGUUUCAAACAUUAACUAAAGUAGAAAAACUAACAGCCGAAGAAGAUGGAAGUACUGGAUGAGAACACAUGCAAUCUUUAAACUGAUGCAAUAGUAAGCUUUUUUUACUCACAAUUCACAUUUUUACAUACUUUUUUUUUUUUUUUUCAAAAAUUCCCUAAAAAUACUCUUGCCGGAAUAAAUUUCACUUUAGUUUUUGUUUGACUGCCGGCUAGCUUGUUAGAAUUUAAAAUAAUUUUUUAAGAUAAUAAAUAUUUAUUUAGCACAAAUACAAUAUUCGUUCAAGGAUAAUACAUAACUUAUAAAUAUAAUAAAUAAAAUUUUAUAGUAUAAAAAAUAUGUGUGGCAUAUUUGCGAUAUUUUCAAAAACUGGUGGUCCAAUAGGAUCUAAAAGAUAUUUCAAAAAUUUUCAAUCAUUACGUGAAAUUGCUUACCAACAAAGUGGAAAGCAGCGGAAACAUCGUGGUCCAGAUGAUACUGGAUUGGAGUUAAUUCAAGAUCACGGAGUUUGUUUAGUUCAUGAACGACGUGGUAUUGUUGGUUUUCGUACUGGUCAUCAACCUUUAGUCUCUGCAGAUGGGACAGUAUUAGUAGUAGCAAAUGGUGAAAUUUAUAAUUACUUAGAACAAUCAGCAGAAAUCGCUAAGAAACGUGGACGUUAUGAUCCAAAAUCCGACUGCAGUGUAAUUGUGGAGUUAUAUGAAGAAUAUGGUGAAGAUUUGUUUGAUUAUUUAAGUGGUAUGUACGCUUUUGCUUUAUAUGACAAAAAAACGAAAAAUGUAAUGUUAGCUCGUGAUCCUAUUGGAAUUAUUCCAUUGUAUUAUGGAUAUGAUAAAGAUGGAAAUUUAUUUGCUGCAAGUGAAAUGAAAUGUUUAAUUGGUGUAUGUGAGAAAAUAGAAAAUUUUCCACCAGGUAUGAUGUAUUAUGGAAAAGCUGACAAAAUGGAAUUUAAAUGUCAUUUCAAAGAAAAGUGGAUUACAGAAAUUCCUAAAGAACCAGCAAAUUUGGUAAUGUUAAAACAAAAAUUAGAAUCAGCUGUUAGAACACAUUUACAUUGUGAUGUUGAGUUGGGAGCAUUACUAUCUGGGGGUGUUGAUUCUAGUUUAAUAGCAUCAAUUGCAACGAAAAUUAUGCGUGAAAAGGAUAAAAAUUUUAAAUUGCGUACUUUUUCAGUUGGACUAGAAGGUGCACCAGAUUUCAAAUAUAGUAAAAUGGUAGCAGAACACAUACAAAGUGAUCAUACCGAAUUAGUUUUUACUGUUGAAGAAGGCUUAGAUUGUAUUCGUGAUAUUAUUUAUCAUUUAGAAACUUAUGACAUUACAACUGUGCGUUGUAGUAUACCAAUGUAUUUACUAACACGAAGAAUAAAAUCUGAAAAUAUUCGUAUGAUACUAUCUGGGGAAGGUGCCGAUGAAUUAUUUGGAGGAUAUUUGUAUUUUUUCAAGGCACCAACAACAGAAGAUUUUCAUAAAGAGUUAGUCAAACGUGUUUUAAAUUUGUAUCAUUCCGAUUGUUUGCGAGCCAAUAAAGUGUCUAUGGCAUGGGCAGUUGAAUUACGUGUACCAUUUUUAGAUAGAGAUUUUCUUAAUUAUGUUAUGUCAAUACGCCCUGAAGACAAGAUUCCUGGAGAUUUAAAUUGUUAUACAGAUAAAAAACAACAUCGCAUUGAAAAAUAUAUUUUAAGAGAAGCAUUUAGUGAUGAAGAUUAUUUGCCAAAUACAGUAUUAUGGAGGCAAAAAGAACAAUUUUCUGAUGGAGUUGGCUAUAAUUGGAUUGAUACAAUUAAAGAAUAUGCCGCUAGUCAUAUAACAGAUGAAGAAUUUGAUAUGAGAACAAAAUUAUAUCCAAUUAACACACCAGAAACGAAAGAAGCAUUCUAUUAUAGGCAAGUUUUUGAGGAAAUGUUCCCAGGAGAUUAUCCAGCUAAAACAGUUAUGAAAUGGAUACCCAGAACCGAUUGGGGAUGUUCGUCAGAUCCAUCUGGUAGGGCACAAGCAAGUCAUCAAGCUCAUAAGUAACUUAAUUUUUAUAAAAUUCAAUUUUAGGUUUAGAAUUUUUUUUAUAUAAAAUUUUAUACAUACGAAUUUGUAGUUGAGAAUCUUCAAAUUAAAAUAUUAAUUUGUAUUUCAAAUAUUUAAAAACAUUGCUUUAAUACUUACAUAGUAGGUAAAUGUUAUUUAUUUUGCCUUUUAAAUUCACAUAUAAAAUAUACAUAUAAAUUCACAUAUAAAUUUUAGUUAAAUGGAAAUUUUGGAUUUCAAAAUAAAAUUUAUGGAGACAUUGAUACACUCUCUGCCUACUUUAAAAGAAAUUAUAAUUUAA